AGAGACAAUAAGAAACCGCGGGGCCUUUCUUCCCCUCUGCCGCCGUCCUUCGAUUUUCAUACCUGUGUGGGGAGCUCUCGGCUUGGCGCCUCAGGCUCCAGCUGACAACAUGGCUGCGUCCGCCUCUGCUGCCCAGGAUGAGCUGAAUCAGCUUGAACGUGUCUUUUUACGUCUUGGCCAUGCAGAAACAGAUGAACAAUUGCAGAAUAUUAUAUCCAAGUUCCUACCCCCCGUUCUUCUGAAACUUUCCAGUACACAGGAGGGAGUACGCAAGAAGGUGAUGGAACUGCUAGUCCACCUAAAUAAGCGUAUCAAAAGUCGUCCCAAAAUCCAGCUUCCAGUGGAGACUCUUCUUGUCCAAUACCAGGAUCCUUCUGCAGUGUCAUUUGUUACAAAUUUUACAAUUAUAUAUGUUAAGAUGGGCUACCCUCGUUUGCCUGUGGAAAAGCAGUGUGAGCUGGCCCCCACUCUCCUAACUGCAAUGGAAGGAAAACCUCAGCCUCAGCAAGACAGCCUAAUGCACCUUCUAAUACCAACCCUUUUCCACAUGAAAUACCCUGUCGAACCUUUGAAAGCAGCUUCUCCAUUUAAUCUUGCUGAAAAACCAAAGACUGUACAGCUGCUAUUGGAUUUUAUGUUGGAUGUUCUCCUUAUGCCUUAUGGAUAUGUAUUGAACGAAUCCCAGAGCCGCCAAAGUGUGCCAGCAGGGCAAGGGUCUUCUUCAUCAAGCAGUUCUGGAGGCUCUGGGAUCCCUCAGCCUCCCCCAGGAAUGAGCUUUUAUGCAGCCAAGCGGGUGAUUGGUGAUAGCCCGUGGACACCUGAACAGCUGGAACAGUGUAAAUUGGGCAUUGUGAAAUUUAUUGAAGCUGAGCAGGUGCCUGAACUUGAAGCUGUCAUACAUUUGGUCAUCGCCUCCAGUGACACACGGCACAGUGUAGCCACUGCAGCAGACCUUGAGCUUAAAAGCAAGCAAAGUUUAAUUGACUGGAACAAUCCAGCCAUCAUCAACAAGCUGUACAAAGUGUACCUGGGGGACAUACCACUAAAAACAAAAGAGGGAGCUGUUCUUAAACCAGAACUAAAACGCGAUCCAGUCAGCACACGAGUAAAGUUAAAGAUUGUCCCUCAUCUUCUGCGUUCCAGGCAAGCUGCAGAAACAUUUCCUGCAAAUAUUCAGGUGGUCUAUGAUGGGCUGUUUGGUGCAAACACCAAUGCAAAACUGAGAACCUUGUCUCUUCAAUUUGUGCAUCAUAUUUGUGUCAUUUGCCCUGAUAGUAAGAUAAAGCCAUUAGGCCCAAUGCUUCUGAAUGGACUAACAAAACUUAUUAAUGAAUAUAAAGAGGACCCCAAGUUACUCUCCAUGGCCUACUCAGCUGUUGGAAAGCUUUCCAGCCGGAUACCUCAGCUGUUCACCAAGGACUUGGCACUGGUUCAGCAGUUUUUUGAAGCUCUUUCUAAGGAAGACCCUGAUACCAGACUUGCUAUUCAGGAGGCAUUGUCUAUGAUGGUUGGAGCCUACACGAGUUUAGAAGGUGCACCGCGAACUCUUAUGGAAGCACUUGUGGCCUCUAACCUAAUUAAGCCUCAAGUCCAAGUACGUCAGGUGGCUGUAAAGUUUGCAAGCACAGUGUUCCCUUCAGAUCACAUUCCUUCAAGAUACCUACUGCUUUUAGCUGCAGGAGAUCCGCGGGAGGAGGUACAUGGAGAAGCACAGCGUGCACUGAGAACAUUUCCGGGUAAAAAUGAAAAAGAAAGUGCUGGUAAACAGAUGCCUUCCUUCCCAGAGAUGGUCCAGUAUAUUCAGGAGAAGGCCUCUCACAGAAUGAAAACUCCUGCUAAGUAUAUGACUGGGACUACAGUCAUGCCUUUUAACCCAGCUACUUUUGGAGAGAUAGUCCUGUACCUUCGGAUGUGUCUUGCUCAUAGUGCUGGUGUGGUGCCCACCUCUCAGAGCUUAGCAGAUAUGCAGGAUCAUGCCCCUGCCAUUGGCCGUUAUAUAAGAAACCUGUUGUCGGGACAUGUCAUAACGUCCUCAUCCUCAAAGGGCGGUGAAAGCAACCCUGUCCAGAUCUAUAUAAGUCUUUUGCAGCAGCUACUCUCUGGUGUUGGAGGUUUGCCAGUCAUGUAUUGCCUGUUGGAAGUUAUUUCAGUGUACCCAGAGAAACUUGCUGCAAGAUUUGUUGACAAAAUGGAUUGGAUAAAGAGCCUUAUGAAUACUAAUAAAGAAGAAAUGCGGGAGCUGGCUGCUCUGUUUUAUUCGGUAGUGUUGUCAACAGUGUCAGAAAAUGAAUUUAAAACAUCAGUUCAGCACCUGAUAAAAACAGCAAAGGACAAUCAUAAUUUGGAAAUGCAACAUGGAUCCUUGUUGGCACUAGGGUUCACAGUAGGACGGUAUUUGUCAAAAAGAAAAUCAAGGAUGGUAGAACUACAUGACCUAGAAGAUCCAAAUACUAUUAUUGCUCCAGAACAAGAUGAGCUGAUAAAGUCAACAACAGAAACUAUAGGUUCUUUCUUGGAUAGUACCUCACCACUUUUGGCAGUGGCUGCAUGUACAGCACUCGGGGAAAUAGGCAGGAACGCCCCUCUGCCUAUCCCCAAUGAAGGCACUGGAUUUACCAAGCUCCAUCUUGUUGAAAGCUUACUCGCCCGAAUUCCUUCUGGCAAGGAAACAAAUAAGAUGAAAGAGCGAGCUAUACAAACCCUAGGUUACUUCCCUGUGGGGGAUGGAGACUUUCCCCAUCAGAAGCUACUCUUACAAGGCUUAAUGGAUUCUGUGGAGGCUAAGCAAAUUGAACUACAGUUUACUGUUGGUGAAGCCAUUACCAGUGCUGCUGUAGGAACCAGCUCUGUAGCUGCCCGUGAUGCAUGGGUGGUGGCUGAAGAAGAAUAUACUCCUUCUGUAGAUGUGAAAGUUAAUGAUGUGGUUCCCUGGGUUUUGGAUGUUAUUUUGAAUAAACACAUUGUGAGCCCCAAUCCCCACAUAAGGCAAGCAUCCUGUAUCUGGCUUUUGUCUCUGGUGAAGAAGUUAAGCAGUCAUAAAGAAAUUAAGUCUCAUCUUAAAGAAAUUCAAACUGCAUUUGUAUCUAUUCUGUCUGAAAGUGAUGAACUCAGUCAAGAUGUUGCUUCAAAGGGCCUUGGUUUAGUGUAUGAACUUGGGAAUGAACAAGAUCAACAAGAACUGGUUACAACUCUUGUUGGAACUCUUAUGACUGGGAAAAGAGUCAAGCAUGAAGUAACUGGAGAGACAGUGAUGUUCCAAGGGUCAGGUCUUGGCAAGACUCCAGAUGGCCAGGGUCUUUCUACUUAUCAGGAGCUUUGCUCACUUGCUAGUGACCUCAACCAACCAGAUUUGGUGUACAAGUUCAUGAAUCUAGCCAACCAUCAUGCAAUGUGGAAUUCUCGAAAGGGAGCAGCUUUUGGUUUUAAUGUGAUUGCCACCAAAGCUGGGGAACAGCUGGCUCCUUUUCUUCCCCAGCUACUUCCUCGUCUCUACCGUUAUCAGUUUGACCCCAAUAUCGGGAUUCGUCAGGCUAUGACCAGCAUUUGGAAUGCACUUGUGACAGAUAAGUCUGCAGUAGACAAAUAUAUGAAAGAAAUCCUGGAUGAUUUAAUAAACAACCUGACGAGCAACAUGUGGCGGAUUCGUGAGUCUAGCUGUCUAGCAUUGAAUGACUUGCUAAGAGGAAGACCCUUGGAUGACAUUAUUCAUAAGCUUCCGGAAAUAUGGGAAACUCUCUUUAGAGUGCAAGAUGAUAUAAAGGAAUCUGUACGAAAGGCAGCAGAGUUAGCCCUGAAAACAUUAAGUAAGGUGUGUGUGAAGAUGUGUGACCCCUCUAAAGGAGCUGCAGGCCAGAGAACAAUUGCUGUACUGUUGCCGUGCCUUCUUGAUAAAGGAAUGAUGAAUACCGUGACAGAAGUGCGGACCCUUAGCAUUAACACGCUGGUGAAGAUCAGCAAAAGUGCUGGGGCUAUGCUAAAACCACAUGCCCCCAAACUCAUCCCAGCUUUGUUGGAGUCACUAAGUGUGCUGGAACCCCAGGUGCUCAAUUACCUGAGCCUGCGUGCUACAGAUCAGGAAAAGGCUGCAAUGGAUAGUGCAAGACUAAGUGCUGCUAAAUCCUCCCCCAUGAUGGAAACUAUCAAUAUGUGCUUGCAAUAUUUGGAUGUGUCUGUCCUGGGUGAGCUGAUUCCUAGGCUGUGUGAGCUGACCAGGAGUGGAAUAGGCAUUGGCACGAAGGGUGGUUGUGCUAGUGUAAUUGUUUCACUAACCACACAGUGUCCCCAAGACUUGACCCCAUAUUCAGGCAAACUCAUGAGCGCUUUGCUCAGUGGUCUGACUGAUCGCAACAGUGUGGUGCAAAAAUCAUAUGCAUUCGCUAUGGGACAUCUAGUUCGGACCUCACGGGACAGUAGUACUGACAAACUGCUACAGAAACUGAAUAACUGGUACAUGGAGAAAGAAGAACAAGUCUAUAAACUGGCCUGUGCAUUAACUAUCCAUGCUAUUGGGCGGUACAGCCCAGAUGUGCUGAAGAAUCAAGCCAAGUAUGUCUUGCCUUUGGCUUUCCUUGGCAUGCAUGAGAUUUCUGAGGAAGAAAAAGGAGAGAAGGAAGAUGGCAACCUGUGGACUGAAGUAUGGCAGGAAAAUGUACCUGGUACCUAUGGUGGCAUAAGACUCUAUAUGGAGGAGCUGAUUGCAAUCACCCAGAAAGCUUUGCAGUCCCAGUCUUGGAAGAUGAAAGCUCAGGGUGCUGCUGCCAUGGCAUCCAUAGCAAAGCAGACGGGCUCCUUGGCUCCUCCACACUUAGGCCUGGUGCUCACGGCUCUUUUGCAAGGCCUUUCUGGGAGAACAUGGACAGGGAAGGAGGAGUUACUGAAAGCUAUUGCCAGUGUCAUUUCUUCAUGCAGUGCGGAGCUGCGCACAUCAGUGUCUGGCCAGCCCAGUAUUGAUGACAUUCUUCAGGCCUUGCUCAAGGAGUGCCGCAAAGAGAACCUCAGGUACAAGAUAGUAGCUGUUCGAUGCACUGCCGAUGUGCUGAAGACCACCCAGGAAAAUCGGUUCCAGGAACUGACAGGCAUAAUCUUUCCAAUAAUAAAGAAGAAUUCUCCAGAGAACAUGGGAGCCAGUUCCCCACAGAAGGAUGACGAUGAUGAUGAUGAAAAUGAAAAGGAACUCCAGAUGGAAUCUCUUCUCUGUGCCUUUGAGAGUUUGGGCAAAGCAUGGCCUAGAAAUCCAGAAACACAAUGCUGUUACCAGCAAGAAUUGUGUACACUAAUGUGUGAACGUCUGAAACUCAGUACGUGGAAAGUGCAACUUGGAGUCCUCCAAGCCAUGAAGACUUAUUUUCAAGGGUUACUGUUGCUGGAAACAAAAUACUCAGACCCAGAGAUUUUGUCAAGAAUACUGUCAGAAACUUGUUCCUCUAUUACACAUUCUCUAGAAAAUAGAAGCUAUACCUCCAUAAGAACUGAAGCCCUUGCAGUGAUAGAAGUGCUGCUCACGAAACUUGAAGAGUCCAAACAGUGGGAAAGCCUGAGCACAGAAAGCAGAGAAUGUCUCCUUGGUUCAUUAACAGCCCUGACUCUGGACAGCAGGCCUGAACUACAAGAGAAAGCAUCGGUGUUAAAGAAGACCUUAGAAAAUCUUGACUGAAUUGAAAACCAAGUGCCAUGUGAAACCAAGGAAGCAAAAAUGUGUGCAGUGAGCUCUGAAUGUGCAGAAGGGAAAGUUAAGAUCACUUUGUAGCAUGCAUUGUUAUUUGGCUGAAAUAAAGAUUUCUGUUCCCCAUUAA